GGGGUUACGUCGGCUUCGCCUAUCCCUCAACCGCAGUCUCAGUCUGUACUUGUAUGUAGGUCUCCCGAGUGGCCCCCGGUCAUCUCGCCAUUUCGCGCUUAUUCCCUCGUCCAUCGACUCCAUUGGCCUUGCGGGAGAAAUGAAGCAGACCAGACCCGUCACCGUCAUCGUGAUCGUGGUGCCGGCUAUCCUUUUCACCUGCUUGGCCCAUGGCCGUUUCCCCCGUUUCAUCCCAUCAACAUCCAAUCACUCGACGCGCUUGUUGCCCAUCCACAGUUGACCCCUUCCUCCGUCCCAUCUCGUGCCCCAUUUCAUCCGCUGGUCGCUCCAUCAGUCCAUCUGCUUUCGACAGACGUCGGGCGCUGGCGCUGCCGCCGGUCUGACUGUCUGACACUUUUGAUGGGAGCCCUCGACGCUGUCUGUACAACACAUGCCAAUGGCGUAAUUUGA